GCAUCAAUUGAUUUGUGUUGUGCUUGUCGACGCGCUUGAAAAAACGAUCCAAAUUAGUGCGGUUUGCAAACGAAUCCUGUGCAAAAAUCAUUUUUCGAAAAGAAAGUUCUACGGCUCAGUAGUUUGUCAACGAGUAAGGCGUGCUGAGAACUUGUUUAAAUUGAACCCAAAGUUUGUUGGUGGUACUUGGUGUGAUAAGAGAGUUAAACAGCAGCAAUGGUUUGGGGGUUUGUUACUUGCGGCCCGAACGAGGCCUUGGUAGUAUCAGGAUGCUGCCACAUGAAGCCUCUGUUGGUUCCCGGUGGGCGGGCGUUCGUUUGGCCAUCGAUUCAACGCGUGCAGAGAAUCUCACUCAACACCAUGACACUGCAGGUGGAAAGCCCGACCGUAUACACUAGCCAGGGUGUACCGAUCUCUGUAACCGGGAUUGCGCAAGUGAAGAUCCAAGGCCAGAACGAGGACAUGCUGCUGACUGCGUGCGAGCAGUUUCUAGGCAAACCGGAAGCCGAAAUUCAGCACAUUGCGCUUGUGACACUCGAGGGACAUCAACGUGCUAUUAUGGGUUCGAUGACGGUCGAGGAGAUCUACAAGGAUCGCAAGAAAUUCUCCAAGCAGGUGUUCGAAGUCGCUUCGUCUGAUCUGGUAAACAUGGGUAUUACCGUAGUAUCCUACACGCUCAAGGAUAUUCGCGACGAGGAGUUUGAUGCGAACAAUAGGGGAUAUCUGAAAAGCCUCGGUAUGGCCCGUACGGCGGAAGUGAAGCGUGACGCGCGUAUCGGCGAAGCGGAGGCACGUUGCGAUGCGACAAUCAAGGAAGCGAUCGCUGAGGAACAACGAAUGGCGGCCCGCUUCCUGAACGAUACCGAGAUCGCGAAGGCUCAGCGUGAUUUCGAGCUGAAGAAGGCGGUGUACGAUGUGGAGGUGCAGACGAAAAAGGCCGAAGCGGAGAUGGCGUACGAGCUGCAGGCAGCUAAGACGAAGCAGCGCAUCAAGGAGGAACAGAUGCAGAUUAAGGUGGUCGAACGUACGCAGGAGAUCGCCGUACAGGAGCAGGAAAUGCAGCGUCGCGAGCGUGAACUGGAAGCCACCAUUCGUCGGCCGGCCGAAGCAGAGAAGUACAAGCUGGAAAAGUUGGCUGAGGCUAACAAAACGCGCGUCAUUCUUGAAGCCGAAGCCGAAGCAGAAGCGAUAAAGGUACGUGGCGAAGCCGAAGCUUUCGCUAUUGCGGCCAAAUCGAAGGCCGAAGCAGAACAGAUGGCUAAAAAGGCAGAGGCCUGGAGAGAGUACCGCGAGGCAGCAAUGGUGGACAUGCUGCUCGAAACACUGCCUAAGGUUGCUGCCGAAGUUGCGGCACCACUGUCACAGGCAAAGAAGAUCACUAUGGUGUCUAGUGGCAACGGUGAGGUCGGUGCUGUGAAGCUGACCGGUGAAGUGUUACAAAUCGUGAACAAGAUCCCGGAUCUGGUCAAGUCGAUUACCGGGGUUGAUAUUUCGCGGUCCGUACACGCUGGUUAAGUGAGUGGUGAAAGGUUACGAUUAAAGAAGAACAAGAAUGCGCUAGCAUCACUGUUCCACUUUCACACUGUUUUGAAUAACGUUGAGAAGGACACGUGCGUGAAAGCGAAGGAAGAGAGAACACCCGGCGAUGCGAACGUCUGCGACGAACCCCAAGAACGAUUAAGCAGCCAUUAAGAGAAGGGAGUUCGGGAACGAUGUUAAUGUUUGUAUUCUCUGUAUUUAAUCGUUUUCUCAUAUUUAAACAAAAAAAUCGAUGUUCUGCUGUGUGGGGUACACGACACGUUAUACAAUAUACUCAAAUCCAGAUGUAUGGCAUUACAUUUAGUUUAUGUUUUCAAUACGCUUGAAAAUCCCACUUUAACAAACGAACAAACCAAUUGAUACAGUGUGAUUGCAAAACAGUACUUCCGUUUUGGUUAGCUCCAGUGGCGUGCGCGCAAAGCCGUAUGUUAUAUGUUAUACCGUUUUACAAGUUUAAGUUGUUUGUAUUACUAUAAUUUUCCAAGGUAAAGGGUAAUGUAAGCAUUGUUACAUUUUUUUCUACAGGGCAAAGCGCGAUUGCGACUCGUUCGAUGAUAUAUUCACACAAUCCUCCAACAAAUGCCAACAACCAGAGUGUAGAUUUAAUGUUUAGAUUCCACGCGAAGAAACAGGUGCAGAUUUACCGGUACCCAGUAGUGCGGGCGCACGUGGUCGAGUACAUUGUUUACCCACUUUUCAGUAUCACUUUAUCUAGUCACUGCCGCCACAAACUAAAUAUUUUGCACAACAACAGUCACAACGUUUCGAACCGACCGUAGCAGUUGGUACUUUGUCAUGCCAUAUUUUUUCAUCAUAAAAAAACUUGUCUAAUGGAAGAUUCGGGAACCAUUGAGAAUAUUUCAAUGUCCUGGUCAGGAGAAGCCUUACAACCAUUGCACGUUAGCUUGAUGAUCAUAAUGAAUAGUUUUUUAAAGCAAAAUUCGAAAACACCACCAGUAGCUAUACCCCAGAGCGAAUGAAAUUGAAAUAUUUAGAACUCGAAACAAGAAAAUCUCUCAGCCGCUAUUAACGUUCUCGCAUUGAAUUAAAGAGCGCAAAACAUUAAACAGAAACAAAUAAAAAAAUGCUGAACCAUUGUCCAUCCAUUGACUUGGCCUAGAUGUGAAAAUCGGUAAAAUCUAUAUUCUAGCAAAAGAUAGGCUUAUUUGCAAUUGUGCAAUAAAUGCAUUUUGUACGUAAAACUACACAGAUUCGUAAACACACAUUUCUCUAUCGAGCAUUUUUUUUUUGUUUAUAUACAAGUGCAUAAAGAGAUCGCUAAACAACGUAUAGUUUAUCUCCGAUGUUCAGAAAGUACCUUAAGCAUUUUCUUCCCGAAAGAAAACGUUAAAUUCAUUCAACUUUGUACGACUAACAACAUUAACAGAUGAUUAUAUGAGCGUCUCCUGUGUGUAUGUACGCGAAGGAAGGUGCAUAACGUGUAGCAAUUGUAGCGAAAAGUUAAGGAAAUUACCAAAAGAAAACCCGAAACAACUCCGAUACUUAGAAAAAAACGAUACAAGAAAGAAGAAAAUAUAUUGAUCGGCUAAAUGUCGCGAUCGCUCCAAGAUGCGAAAACACAUAAGAAACAUAACAUAUAUAUUUUGUAAUGUAAUUUGCUUUUUGCGUGUCACGAACGUUCGAGUGUAAAACAACUGCAAGCAUAACGUACAGUGGGAGAACUAAAAUCGUAAUACUGUGGAAAUAAACAAAUGAUG